AUGGCAUCAUGCCUUUACGAAUGCCUUUGUGAAGCAGGACUUGAAAAAUACUAUCCCCACUUUGCUGCCUUUGGUGUUCAGACAAUUGAUGAGCUUGCCGAGGUUUCCAUGGAAGAUUUUUCCAAACUGGGGGUCCAUGACAUAAAUGACCGCAAACAUCUUUUCCACCUCAUUAGAAUAAUCAAAUUUACACAACAAGAAGGCACUGCAAACCUAAGCAAGCAGGAUUUUCAACCACAUGGCCUUUUCAUUCAGCCUCAGGUGACCAAGUCAGGACCCCGUAGACAGCUGCGUUUCGAGUCCUUUUGUGGAGAAAAUGAUGGAACAGUUAAAGACUCUGAACCGGAGUUGUAUCAGUCAUCUGAUUUCAGUGCCGAUGAAGAGAAGGACAAUGUAGGGGAAAUGCUGGGACACAUCCCACCACACAAUCCAGAACCGAUCAGAUUAACUAGAAGAGACCUAAAUAUUGCUGGAAUAGGUUCAAAAAAUGACCUGAGCUGUCCAACAGUUUCUGAUGAUAUUGCUCCUCUCCUGGGUGAUUCUGAAGUUCCUCCUGUACAAAGAGUAACUCAUAUUUCAGGGUAUAAUUAUGGACUACCUCAUUCCUGUAUCAGAUCCAAUACUUUCGACAAAGAGACUCCAUGGACAGAGAGUGAAAAAAUCAGAGUGUGUGUCCGAAAACGUCCUCUCUGCGUGAGGGAGGAGAGACGUGGGGAGGCAAAUAUAAUCACAGUGAAAGAUCAGGAAACCCUACUUCUCCACGAGAAGAAGGAGGCAGUUGAUCUUACACAAUACAUUUUACAGCAUGUUUUUUGUUUUGAUGAAGUCUUCGAGGAGUCAUGUACCAAUCAGGAUGUGUACAUGAAGACAGCUUAUCCUCUCAUUCAGCAUAUUUUUAACGGAGGCAAUGCAACUUGCUUUGCAUACGGGCAGACUGGUGCUGGCAAGACUUACACCAUGAUAGGGAAUCACCGGAACCCAGGACUCUAUGCCCUGGCUGCCCAGGACAUCUUUAGGUACCUGGAAGCAUCACCAUCCAGGAAAGAGCUAGUGGUUCUGAUCAGUUUUUAUGAGAUCUACUGUGGACACCUUUAUGACCUGCUAAAUGGAAGGCAAAGACUUUUUGCAAGAGAAGAUGGCAAGCAUGUCGUUCAGAUCGUUGGACUGCGGGAGGUUCAGGUGGAUUCUGUAGAUGAGCUGUUGGAGGUGAUUUUGAAGGGGGGAAAAGAACGUAGUACAGGAGUUACUGCUGUCAACUCCGAUUCCUCUCGGUCUCAUGCUAUCAUCCAAAUUCAAAUUAAAGACACAAGCAACAGGGCAUUUGGGAGGAUAUCAUUCAUUGACUUGGCUGGCAGUGAAAGAGCAGCUGAUGCCAAAGAAAAGGAUCGACAAACAAAAAUGGAAGGAGCAGAAAUAAACCAAAGUCUUUUGGCACUAAAGGAAUGCAUUCGGGCGUUGGAUCAGGAACAAGUGCAUACUCCUUUCCGGCAAAGCAAGUUAACUCUGGUGCUGAAAGACUCUUUCAUUGGCAAUUCCAAGACAUGUAUGAUAGCCAAUGUUUCACCGAGCAACCUAGCUGCAGAGCACACCCUGAACACUCUGAGAUAUGCUGACAGGGUCAAAGAGCUGAAGAAAGGGAUUAGAUACCCUGCCCCUGUCACAAAAAGGCGUCGCAAAGCUGGAACUGUAUCUCCAAGGCAUAUCCCAGGCUCUCCCUUUUUGCCACCUGGGGAAAAGAGCUCUCCAAAGAAAGUGAAGCUAGGCCUACAGCAUCCCUCAAGUGCUGCAAAACCAAAGGCAUAUCCUGCAACACUCCAGCCACCUGGAGUCCCUCUUACCUCUACCCCCAAGGGAACUGGCAAAGGACAUGCCUACAUAGAAGAAACCAGCACUCCCUGCUUCCACCACACCACCCCAGUUAAGGGAGUCCUAGAAAUAACACAUCCCCUGAAGAAAAGUUAUCUAUCUCCCCUCCCUGAAAAGAGCUCCUCGGUGGAGGAUUUCAUUUCCACAGAAGAGAGUGGCCAGCAAGACAAGUAUAUGCAAAACAGAACACCUGUCCAGUGCCUGAAAGUUCAGACAGUGCAACCUCUUCAGAAACAAUUUGUUCCUAAUGACAAUAAUUCCUCUGGAGAUGGCAAUCUCCAAAGCGAACAGGAAUGGGGAAAUACUUUUCCUAAACAGUCUGUUGAAGCGUGGACAUAUCUGCCUCCCUAUCAGAAGGAAAGGGAAGAGCAUUUACGUCUUUAUCACCAGCAGUUUCAGCAACCCCCUAUUCUAAAGCAAAAGUUGAACUAUCAACCUCUUGAGAGGUUUUUAAUACAGUACAAGCCCGAGGAGAUUCAAUUGAAGCAGGAGCUGAGCCUACCUCCAACUGAAGGGCAGAGCAAAGAGUGGAUACAGCAGGAAGAUCUGGAUGACAGUGAUUUCAGUGAAGAUUCUUUCUCACCUGUCUGUAGUCAAAAGAGUGUGAAAAGAGGAAAUAGCAGCAAAUCCAGUCAACAUUCAUUUUUCCUUCAUGAAAGAGAGCAAGGAACCGAAGAAGAGCAAAAAGGCCAAAAGCGGCAGGAUUUAUUUUUUAAAUAUUCAAUACCCACAGAAGAGCGUGGAUUAGAUGACAGCUGGGAUUGUAGUGAGGGUCGCUCAGCAGUAGAGGAACCCAUUAAAAAUGCAGGCUGCAGCAAAACUCCUGCAGACUGGAACUAUGACUUAGCUGAAUUCCCUCCAAGCAAUACUGCAGAAAAACCCUACUGCCUGCAGGAAGAUCCUGCUUGCAGCUGGAGAAAUAGCAAGGACUUCCUAGCUGAUCACAAAGAGUUCAAGUCCAAACACAGACGUAUUGUUUACUCCAGUGAAGCCACCUUAACUCCAGAAACGGAUGCUUCAACUCCGUGUGUAUCUCCUGUAUUGAAAUCAGGAACUCCGGAGUGCAAAGAAUUUGAUCCUCAGCAUGAGGAGAAGGAAGAAUCCACUUUGGCUAAAAAGGCUACCCUUGUAGGAGGAGGUGUAAAUUGGAAAGCUCAAAAAAAUGGAGUCAGCCACUCCGUUUCAUCCAGUUCCUCAGACUUCACCUCCGAGCUCAUGACCCCACUCCGGGUGUCACCUCUUGAUGGUGAGGACACAACUGAAACAGAGAAAGCGACUUCCAACCAAGAGCAGCCCCACGGCGAGAAGCAGGUGCCGGACAGUGACGCCCAGAGCAGGUUUGAGGAGGAGGACUGGCAGUGCACCAGGAGCAGAUCCAUGACCGACAGCAUGCUGGAGCUGGCAGAGCAGCCUGGCCAUGGGGAAAGGCUCUGUGCCCUGCUGGGCUCCUCUCAAGCCACAAACAAGAAGCUCCCCCCCACCUGUGGUCGUGUGAAGCCGUGCUGCUGCCACCUGCGAUCAGUUUUAUCCAAGCAGGGAGUCCGGCGCAGUUUGUUUGUUGAACGUGACCUGGCAGAAACAUCCACAGCUGGAUCCACAGCUGGAUCUGCCGUUCCCGGGCCAGAGACCCCGUCUCGGGAGAGCAGCCGGCUGCAGCAGCCCAAGCCAGGACUGAGGAAUGAGGAUCUCACCCAUUUUGAAGACCCUGCCAAGUCAUCGUUCGGCAGUGAGGAGACAGGGUUGCUAAAAAACAAGCCAAAGCAGAGUAUUUUUACACAGGAGACUUUUGCUGCAGAUGCAGGAUUUGCAGCCAAAGAUAAUAAGCCAAUAGCAAAUGCAAAAUGCCCCUCACAGGUGUCCAGCAGCUGUUCUCCAAGUGCUGCAUCAGAGAUGGGGAAGUGGCAGAAGGAAGCCCUAGAAAAGGCACAAAAGACUCUAAUUCGUGCUCAUCAGCAGCAGCUGGAUGAACUGGCACACCUGUGCUUCAAAGAGGAGUGCUUGAUAAAUCAGAUGUCAGCAAUGGAUUUUCAGAAUUUCAUGGCCAUGCUGGAUGAAAUCUUGGUGCUGAAGUCAAAGUGUGUCCAAACAAUGCGAGCCCAGCUUCAGCUCUGUUCAGCCUCCCCUGGCACUGACAAAUCACUGCAAACACGUCCACCCGUUUAG